AUGACGUCGACGCGACCCAGUGCCCGGCCGCCAGCUGAGCGCGUACAAGCUGAAGAAGAGCCAGAAUUCACGGUCAGUAACGUGUAACUUCCCCUUGAGAUCUGCACCAGCUCUAACGUGCAGCGGCUUGUGUCAAUUGGUUCAGCUUCGAGCAGUCGUCGCCGGCCUGGUCAUUGGCACGCUGCUGUGCUUCACCAACAUGUGUGGGUGCUUUCGACAACCUACUCGGGUCUAUUAGAUGUGCACUCAAGACCUUGUCUCCGCCGCGCAGACUUUGGCUUGCAGUCGGGAUGGAUCAGCAUGAUGAGGUAGGUCAGCAUGCGAGACUCGAUGCUCCACUACGCCCACUGACCGAGCUGAUCUCGAUCAACGUGCCAAAACUGCACCAGUCUGCAAGCCUCUUUACUAGGGUUCGCCGUCUUCAAAGUGUUGCCUCAAAGUUCAUUAUUUGCCAAGAGACCCCUGUCGGUCCAUGAAAACGUGAGUGCUGUUGAAUCUGACCGGGACCUCAACCCACCAGGCUCACUCGGCAGCUGACUCUUCUUUCGCCUUGGGUGGACCUUUCAGAUCGUGCUCCAGACGACCGCUGUCGCGACCGGAACCUUGCCACUCGCAGCCGGUCUGGUCGGCGUCAUCCCUGCGCUCGCUCAGCUCUCCCCCAGCAUCGACGGGUCGCCACCCUUGGUCCUGUCCUUUGUCGCCCUCUGUGCGUGGUGCUUCGCUGUCGCCUUUUUCGGGGUUUUCCUGGCCGUGCCUCUGCGCCGGCAAGUCAUUGUCAAGGAGAAGCUCGUCUUUCCUUCCGGCACCGCCACAGCCCAGAUCAUCAGCGUGCUCCACGAUGUGCCACCACCCAGAGUGAGUGCGGUGAGGAAGCGGAACGGGUAUCGAGCCCUCGGAUCGGAGGAGCAGCAGGGGGAGGAGGAGGCGACAAGUGGGCCCCGCUCCCGGUCGGUCGAAGAGGAGGCACCUCUGCAUGCGUCAGCGCACAGGAAAAUUGAUCAAAAGGGAUGGGUCGCGCUUAGCGUCAGCUUUUCUCUAUCGGCAGGGUUCACGGUGAGUAUAGUCGGUGUUCCCGAAUCUGACGGGGUGCGUCGCUUACCCCAAAGGGCGAGUCUGCAGUUGCUCAGCCUGUGUUUCCCCGUCGUGUACGCGAUCCCAAUCUUUGACGUCUUUGGCCAUCUCGCCCACGAAUGGCUAUGGUGGUCAGUCCGCCUCCUCUCGGGCCCGAGAAGGUGUCCGCGCCAUCUCACGAGGAAGCCCUUUCGUCUCGGCCCCGCAGGUUCACCCCGUCCUUCUCCUACAUCGGGCAGGGCAUCAUCAUGGGUCUUCCCACGACGGCCUCGAUGAACGUCGGCAUGUUCGUCGGCUGGGCGAUAUUGUCGCCUCUGGCGAAAACUCGUGGGUGGGCGCCCGGUCCCGUGUCGAGCUCGGUCGACGGAUCGAGGGGAUGGAUCCUGUGGCCCGCUCUGGCCGUCAUGAUGGUCGAGAGUAUAUUCUCCGUGUCCAUCGUCGCUUUUACCCAGAUUGCCGGGCCCCUGCGGUCCAUGCUCGGCCGCUCUACGCAAGGACUUCACGAAGACGAAGACGAAGACGAAGACGACAACGGAGAUGCAGAGGAAGACGAUUUUGCGCCAUCCGGCAGCCGUGUCGAGGAGGAGGCCGACCCGCGCCUCGUACUCGGUGGGAUCGUUCUAAGUUGCGUGGCGUGUGUCGUCCUCGUGUCGAUCGUGUUUGGUCAGGACGGUAUCAAGUGGUGGGCAACGUUGAUCGCGCUCGUGCUCGCUUCGAUCUUCUCGAUUCUCGGCGUCCGCGCACUCGGCGAAACGGACCUGAACCCCGUCUCGGCGAUCGGUAAGAUUAGUCAACUGCUCUUUACGAUUGUUCAGGUGAGCCCCCUUGCGAAUCCAUCGGCCUUGAACCUCUGUGGCGAGCCAACGAACAUGAAUCGCCUACCUCCGCACAGCCUCACAACGUCGUGGCGAACUUGAUUGCCGGAGGGAUUUCGGAAGCGGGGGCCCAACAAGCCGGGGACCUGAUGCAAGACCUAAAGACAGGGCACUUGCAAGGAGCGAGCCCAAAGGCGCAGUUCCAAGGCCAGGUACGCCGUGACCACAGCUGAGAUCGCAUCCCUCCUCAAUUUCCCUCGGCUUUCAUUUGCAUUCGACAUAUCUGAGUCUCGACGUAUCUGACUCGCCAAGGGGUCGCAUUACUUGCAUCGUCGACAGAUGAUUGGUUCGCUGGCGUCCGUUUUCGUAUCGUCAGGGAUCUACGUCCUCUACCGACGCGUCUAUGAUCUGCCGAGCACCAACUUUCCCGUCCCCACCGCCGCCAUUUGGUACGUCCGCUUCAGAGGCUUUGCCCUCGACCGAGUCCACUGGCUGACACCCUCUUGGACCGAUUUAGGCUCAACCUCGCUCGUUUGGUCAACAAGGGGCAGUUGCCGCCUCAAAGUAGCGCGACCAUGAUCGUGUUUGCGCUCGUCUUUGUCGUGCUGUCGGCGCUCAAGGUCCUGGGUCGAGGCCGAUCCUGGGUCAAGUUUAUUCCCUCGGGGCAAGUUUGCGUCCCCUUCCGCUGGCUCGUGAUCGAAAUAGAAGGAUCUGACGGUGCCCUGCGUUUUAACCACCUCGCAGAAUCGCUUUUGCGAUCGGGUUUAUCAACACCCCUUCAUUCUCCAUCGCCCGAUUGAUCGGCGGCUUUGUAUCGUUCUACAUGACGCGACAGACGGCCCAGCGCAGAGGGCACAAUGCCACGGGCGAGCAUGCAAAUGCCCACCUCGAGAACAUUGGGCUCAUCAUUGUCGCUUCGGGGUUUGUGCUUGGCGAAGGCUUCGCGAGCGUUGUGGGUCUGGCGACCAAGAGCGCUGGUCUCGGACCGGUCAGUUGUUGGGGCUGCGGCUCGGGUGGGGGCGGCUACUGCGGGGGAUGUUGA